UCGGUAUUUGCAAGUGGUUCUUCUAAUUCUAAUAAAAACCUUAAACCGGGGCUAAAUUUAAUAUCUUAAAAUGGAAAAGGGUAAUCAAUGGUCCCACAAAGCUAAAAAACGCAUAAAGGAAGUAAAAAGAAAAGCCCGACCUGAACUAGCUCAUAAACAACAAUGGAUAGCUUUAAACUAUGCUAAUAAUUUUGAAGAGUUUUUAAAAUGUAAAGAUAAUGUUGAUAGAAUUGAUUGUAAUGAAGUUUCACCUGAAGAAUUUAUUGAAAAGUAUGAGAAAAUAUAUAAGCCUGUAGUCAUAACCAAUGUUCAAACGAACUGGCGGGCGAAUUACAAGUGGACGCAGGAGAGACUUGCCAAAAAGUAUCGCAACCAAAAAUUUAAGUGCGGAGAAGAUAAUGAGGGUUAUAGUGUUAAGAUGAAAAUGAAGUAUUAUGUAGAGUAUAUGAGGACAACGACUGAUGACAGUCCACUUUAUAUUUUUGAUAGUAGUUUUGGUGAGCAUCCAAGAAGGAAUAAGCUUCUAGAAGAUUACGAAGUACCCAAAUAUUUCAGGGAUGAUUUGUUUAAGUACUGCGGAGAGGAGAGAAGACCUCCAUAUAGGUGGUUUGUCAUGGGACCUCAGAGGUCCGGGACAGGAAUACACAUAGACCCAUUGGGAACGAGUGCCUGGAAUGCCUUAGUGUUUGGUCACAAGAGAUGGUGUUUGUUUCCUACACAGACACCGAGGGAGUUGAUCAAGGUGACAGGAGCUAUGGGUGGAAAACAGAGGGAUGAAGCUAUCACAUGGUUCAAGCUAAUAUAUCCUAAAACACAGCUGGACACAUGGCCUCAGGAGUAUAAACCAGUAGAAAUACUUCAGAAGCCCGGAGAGACUGUGUUUGUGCCUGGAGGAUGGUGGCAUGUUGUGUUAAACCUCGAUGACACUGUUGCAGUCACACAGAACUUCUGCAGUCGCACAAACUUCCCUGUGGUCUUCCACAAAACUGUCCGCGGGAGACCCAAACUCUCUAAGAAAUGGGUGAGAGUGUUAGAGAUGAAAGAUCCGGAGCUGUAUAAAAUUGCCAGCAGUAUUGACCUGAACCAAAGCACUGGUGUUGCCUCUGAUAGCUCUUCCAACAGCAACUCUUCCAGCAGCGAGAGUGAUAGCAGCUCUUCGGGCAGCUCUAGCGAAGAGGACAGCGGCCAGGAGAGCAUCACAGCUCACAAGAAGAAAAGAAAGAGAAAACUUUAAUAUAAGUAGCUAGUAUUAUAGAGAAAUGCAUUUUUGACAUUGAUAAAUAAAGAUCACCCAUUUUGUAUUACUAGACGUAACUGAUUUAUUUACAGUUUUGUUGUUUUCGAUUUCAUUUAUUUUUUCGUUAAAGGACCAAUCACCAAUAUAAUAUGUCACUAAAUUAAUUCUUACAAAAUAUGUGUUUCAUUAAUCUUGCAAUCCAAUGUUUGCGUCUGUUAUAAUAAUAUGUGUAUUUCUUAAUGAUUUCGUAAAAAAAAUUUGGAGCCAAUCUCGUAAAUGUGCCUUCCUCACUAAAAUCUGUGGUGCAUUCGUACUAUUUUCCUUUUUGGCCUCUGGUGGCUGGCCUCCUUAUUGUUUUUAUAAUCAAAAAAUGUAUACUGCUACUGAAUAAUAGAUGGCGCUGCUCAUAUAGACAUUUCAAACUGCUUA